UUGUAUACAUCAGGUACUAAAUUUGAGGUUUUCCAUAAAAAAAAAAAAAACAAAUUAUACUGAAGAAAGCAGAGGGAGGGAGAGAGAGAGAAGAAAUCCAAACGAUGGCAGAAGAAGGGAAAUCAGAUGCACAGCUCUUUCAGCUCCUCUCCAAUCUCCUCCAACAAGUGGAAGCGCAAUCAAACGAGGAAGAAGUUGAGCUGCGCUCCAAAAUUGAAGCACUUGGAUUAGAGGUUGCAAAACUUCCAUCAAGGUCGACAAAUAAUCUUGAUGAGCUGGAAAUAGCGAGAGAGUUGGAUAAAUUAUCAGCCAAGUUAGAUGACGUGGAUGAAAUGAUAUCCUCGGCCCUGGCAUCAGAUCCACAGGUGCAGUCACUCUUAAGUGACACUGCUGAUGUAUGGAUGCCAGUUAUUACUGCUAACGCUGAUGAACGUCGGAAUUUUACUGCAUCAGUCGGCAAUGAUAAAUCCGAAGAGAAAGGAGAAAAUCCCAAAUAAUUCUUGCAGGCUUGUUCUUAUGAUUUUAGUUUCUGCUUUCAGUUCUGAAAUGACACUGUUGUAUAACCUUUUAUGUUUCCCUAUAUUUCUAAUAAAUUUUUAUAAUAAUUUGCAGUUUUUAGUGGAA